CGGGAAGGGAAACCAGGCGAGAAGUAACGUCCAGCGUCUGUGGCCGCAGCUCGUUUUAGGGGUAAAGGCAAGAAAGCAUGGAGAGAUGCUGUGAGCUCCGGGAGGUGAUCUUCAGUUGUGCCGCAAUAGAGGAGUGGGGGAUGCAAACUGGAUGUGAAAUUGACACAUAAGGAGGAGGACGUGAGAUGAAGCUGAACGAACGCAGCGUGGCACAUUAUGCCACCUGCGACUCCCCACCAGACAAAACGGGGUUCCUCUACAAAAAGGGUGAGCGCAACACAGCCUACCACCGCCGCUGGUUUGUCCUGAAGGGCAACAUGCUCUUUUACUUUGAGGAGCGCGAGAGCCGGGAGCCCAUUGGCGUUAUCGUACUGGAAGGAUGUACCGUGGAGCUAUGUGAGUCAGCCGAGGAGUUUGCCUUCGCCAUCAAGUUUGACUGCGCCAAAGCACGGAUCUACAAGAUGGCUGCUGAGAACCAAGCAGCCAUGGAGUCAUGGGUGAAGGCGUUAUCCAGGGCCAGCUUUGACUACAUGAGGCUGGUGGUAAAGGAGCUCGAGAGACAACUGGAAGAGAUCCAGGAGGCUGGGGUAGGUGGUUGUGUUGGGGCUGGCCUGCAGGGUAAGCCCAAGUCCUCAAGGCGAAACCAGGUAGCACGGUCCAGGUCUGGAGCAUCCUCUUCAUCCUUGUCCUCUUCAUCUUCAUCUUCUUCUUCAUCAUAUGGUGGUCUUCCUCCACAAGCCACCUUCUGUACCCAGAAGAAUUUCCAGGAUGAGGUCCAGCUCAUCUCUGGGUGUUCAAAGGAGAAUGGAGUUGCGUGGAGUAAAUCUCCUGCCCCCUUGGCCAAUGGCUUUGGGGAAGGGGCUUCUUCCCUUGUGCCCUGGGAGAGCAGCACUGGGAAUGGGAGUGGAAUUGGAGGCGGCGGUGACUGUGUGAGGCCUCCACCAGUACCCCCAAGGAGGAGAGGAGCAUCUCUUGAGAGCCCUGUCUCUCCUGGCACAGGCUGCUUCUCCAAGCUCCAUGUCUGGUACGGCCAAGAAGUGGAACAACUCAGGGUGGAGUGGCUGCAGAACCAGUGAAGUAGUGAAGAGGCAGCAUUUGUUCUUAUAAGCACGUGAUUAUAUCAUUCCGUUAUGAAUAUUCUACUAUUGUUACACCACUUCAAGGGGAAAGAACUAGAGACCAGAGCAUAUAUGGCUCAAAUUAUUUUUAAAAAAUGAAUUCAACCAAGAACUUCCUUUGUCUGGCACAGAGGAUUAAGCCAAAUUACCCGAAACAUGUAGCAACAACCACUUUGCAAUCCAGGCAAACUAAAGCCACUUUUCUUCAGAGCUGUGCCAAGUCAAGUUUGCCAAGGUAAACUCAAAAUAUUAAUGAUAAAUGAAAAGAGCUGCUCAUUUAUUAGAAACCCAAGCCUAGUUGACAGUUAAUUUCUCUUGGCAACAAAGUGAAAAAAGAUUCAGAUGAAUGUUUUUGGAGGUAAACUUGUAAUUGGAAACCCCGGCUAGCCUUGUAAUCAGACUAAUUCAGUCAAAGCAGUUCUUUGCAUUUUAUUCCAGGGCACAAUUGGAUCCGUUUACAACACUAGAGGAUUUUCUGCUCUGAACACACCUCAUCUGUCAGUGAAAGCUGAAAUUGCAUUUUUGCAAUAAAGACAGUUUUUGAUCCAUUGACUCAUAGUGGGAUGAAAUUGUUCUUAGGCUUGGAGAUGCCUUAGAGAAAACCAUGCCUUAUCCUCCCACUGACUUCCACUGGGGCACAUUUCACCCCAGAGGACCUUGGUGCUUAAUGUCAGAGAGCUCAUCCAUUUGACAGUCUGAGAACCAUCAUGGGAGCUAGAUGCCUGACCAGGAGCAAUGUUUCCUGGUAUUUUUAGCUUUUUCAAGCCAGCAGUCAAAUGGUGCUGUGUCAUAUGAAUGCUCGUCACUCAGAUCUUUUUUUUUCUUUUAUGGUGUCACGCCAAUGGUUUGUAUCAAAAAAGAGGUGAUUUAUACAACACUCUUUACAGUUUCUUAAUUCUUUUGUGGUGUUUUCACUUUGAAUUGCAACAAAAUCAACCACAUUCAAUCAACUCCUUGUUAUGUUAUAAUAGUUUUGUUUCAGUUAAUAAUACUUUGUUUCAGUUAAUGAAUAAUGUCUCCUGAAUGUAACUGAACACGUGUACUGUUGUCUAAACAGGCCUUUUAUCCGAGCAUUGAUACUCAUCAUCUAAGAUGAUUUCAUAUAUAUAUGCACAUUUUUUAUUUCAAUAUGUGCCUUUUGAUUUUUUUCCAACACUGUUACUGUACUGUUAUCAUUGUUCCAGGGCUACAGUGUCUGAGGAUUUUGUCUUCGCCUCUUUUUUACUCACUUCUUUCCCUAUUUUUUUUUCUUGCCAAAGCAUCAUUCCAGUGCAAUCAGUUAGUUGUGACAACGGCUCAGUUCCUCUAGCCUGCUUCAAUGCGUAGCCCUAUUGUGGCUAGCACAUGCUAGGCCUGUAGAGAAACGACAAGUCGGAAAAGAACGGUACAGAUGGGAUUGUGCAAAGAAAAGUCAGCCCAGUAAGGACCAUACAAUAUUGAUGUUUAUGAUGUUAGCGACUAUACUGACUUGAGGAGAGAGAGGACUGUAUAACUGUAUGUUCAGUUACAUUUUGCUUUCAAAUAAAGUUGAUAAUUUGUGUAUGUCAAAUAAUCCUAGUAUUAUCGCACAAAUGAUGAAUUAUUCUUCAAAGGUCCCAAGUGAGAGGUGCAACCCAAAUGCGCAUCUCGAUUUGAGUUACUGUUUAAAAAAAAAAAAAAAGUAUAACCUUUCCCAUAAUUUAAUACUUGAUGUAUCUAGAACAUUAUGAAUGAUCAUCAAUAUUUAGCAUUUGGCUGAAAUGACUGAAAAUAUGUUUGCUUAAUAUUUGAACAAAUCAAUAAACAUUGUU